GUGACGACUUUAGUUCUUGAGUUGCAGUCACGUCCUCCACUCAGAUGGCAUUCACCACAAUGACAGUCUACAGGAAGGUCACAUCUUCUGUUUUACAUCAAGACUGAAUCGGCUUGUGUUGUUUGUUCAUUAAUUUAAAUCUAAGAUGUUUUUGUGUUAAGUGAGAAGACAUCAAUCGUCUUUUGGUAUAAAGCUUCACUUCGGGAGGUCUUGUAUUGUGACGUCUCUCAAGCCCACCUGCUUGCUCUACUCUGCUCUUCUGCUCUGUAGACAUUUCUAGAUGUUCUCACGUUGACACUUGGUGGCCAAUGCCGUCCACUUCCUGCUCAGUCAUCACAUCUCCAGCACAUCAGCCAUUUCUAACUCAUAAAGGCUCAUCUCUCGGUCACAAUGGACGUCAGACUUGUUGUGAUUCUCUCCAUCUUUAUAACAUGUGUUGUCCCCAGGCUCAUCUCUCCAGGGUCCCCAGAAGUGAUUGAAUGUGACCUGAGGAAUGACAGUGUGGUCAUCUGGUACCGGCAGUACCCUGGGCAGCCCCCGGUGGCUUUAGGGGUCUAUGACAACAACUCAGCUCUUCCACCAAUGAUGUUCGUUGACUAUUUUAAUGGAGUCUUUUCUUAUUCCAAUGAGACUGCAACUUUAACAUUUAAAAAUGUCACCAAAAGUGACGCUGCAACUUAUUAUUGUGCAAAGAUGGAGAGUCGGAGGUCCGUGUUUAGGAAUGGAGUCACGCUGACUUACGAGGAUACGUACAAAAAUCAAACUUCAAAUUCCUCUUCCUUUGAGAAUGUCGCCUGUGCCAACUGGCACCAAGAUGUGACGUUGUAUAAAUACUCCACCAUUGCACUAGCUGUGACUUUGGGCCUCGUGGUGCUGGUUGCUUUGUAUCUGAAAACCAAAGUAUAUGGCUAUGAGACAUGGAGGCUAUCCAGUGACCUGAGGCAUAGACUGGACUCCUUCAAUAUUGUGUCUCUGCGGAGGAUCCUUGGGUACCGCUGGUUUGACUUUGUGUUGCACAUGUAG